GAAACAAACAAUAAAAAAAAAACACCUCCCCAACAUCCAACAAACAACUGGAUCUUCAAAUUCAAGUUCAGGGUUCUUCUCCUCUCUCUCUCUCUCUAUAUAUAUAUACGUUCUUCUUUACACAGUGAAUAUUGAUUUAGAAGAAAAAAGAAAGAAAAUAUGAGUCAAGAAUCGUUUAUAUAUAGUUUUGUCGCGAGAGGAACAAUGAUAUUAGCUGAAUAUACAGAGUUUACUGGUAAUUUUCCAGCGAUUGCAACUCAAUGUCUUCAAAAACUUCCUUCUACUAAUAACAAGUUCACCUACAACUGUGAUCAUCAUACUUUUAAUUUCCUUGUUGAAGAUGGAUAUGCAUACUGUGUUGUUGCCAAAGAGACGGUUGGGAAGCAUGUAUCUAUAGCUUUUUUGGAACGUGUGAGAGCAGAUUUCAAGAAGAGAUAUGGAGGUGGUAAAGCUGAUACUGCCAUUGCUAAAAGUCUUAACAAGGAGUUUGGUCCUGCUAUGAAGGAACACAUGUGUUACAUCAUUGAACAUGCUGAUGAGAUUGGAAAGCUAUCAAAAGUGCAGGCACAAGUUUCAGAAGUUAAAAGUAUUAUGAUUGAGAAUAUAGACAAGGUUGUUGAUAGAGGGGAGAAAAUAGACAUUCUGUCCGAGAAGGCUGCAGACCUGAACUCAAAUGCACAAGAGUACAAGAAAAAGGGAACACAAUUGAGGCGAAAGCUGUGGUAUCAAAAUAUGAAAAUCAAGCUGGUUGUUCUUGCGGUUCUCUUGAUUCUGGUGUUGAUAAUAUGGCUUUCUAUUUGUAAAGGCUUUGACUGCACGAAUUAGCACAUAUCAAGAGUACAAUUCAAUCACUCAAGCGGUAACAGAAGUUAAUCAUGAAACAAUAAGAUAUAAGGGAAGAAGAUUCAGAAAUAGACUGCUAUAAGAGCCUUCCAUAACUACGUCAAGACGGUAUCAAACAUCAUCAUAGAAAAUAGUUGAGCUGUAAAAAGGAAUAUAUAAAUAUAUUUGUGGUCUUCCCUUUUAUUUUCUUAUUUUUAGAACAAAGUAAUAAUGUGUAACUGAUCAGUUAGAUUGUUUGUGGUUCCUUAUUUGGUGAUUCA